UUUUCAGUAUUAGUGGUGAAUGCGCACGAGGAUAGUGAGCAAACACAGAUUUCAGAAUCCACACCAAAUUGUUUCUUACCGGACUGUAUGAAUAAAUAUCAACGUUAUUUACAUUUAAAAAGAACAAAAUGGGAUACUAUUAAAAGAAACGAAACAAUUAACGCGCUUGAAAAAAAAGUAAAAAUAGACUUGAUAAAUAAUGAACUUUUGCAAGCGGAAGCGUUCAAAAAUUUGACUUUUGGAUUAAUUAAUAUUUUUGACAAACUAAUUGAUGAUAAUUAUUCAACUGAGGUGUUAAAUUCUUCUUAUAGAGCAGAAACUUUGCGGCUUCUAUUAAAAUUUUAUUAUAAUGCUCUGAAAACUAAUGGCACUGAUUUUCUGCAGCAAGUGUGGAACCAAUAUGUAAAUAAAAAUGAUCAUGCACACAACGUGACAAUGGAUGAUGAUAAUGGUCUUCACCACGAAAAUAUGGCUUCUGAUCUAGUUAAUAACUUUCUGCAAGAAAUAGGCAACGAAGCUGAUCGUUUGGAGGAGAACAUGCACAAUCACAAGUUCACAGAUGGCUCUAAGAUGCAAGGAUCUCUUGACAUGGUUGUCAAAUUAGAAGAUGAAGAUGAAGAUGGAAAAAAAUAUAGUCUUGAACUGUCUCAAAAUGAAGAAUCACGUCGUCACCAUUCUAACAAAGUAAUGAUGUUGGUUGAUCGUGAUAAUAAUGAAUACGUUCUUAUGCGCCCAAAUGAUUUAUCAAUGUUCUAUGAAGAUGGAAGACUUGUGCACGAUUUAAUUUUCAUUAUAGUCGUAGCUUUUGUUAUUGGUUGGAUAUUUAAUAGUUUUGGGUUGCCAG